GCGGGCCCACGGUGGAUGGGCCUUCUCGGCGCCCGGGGGGAAGGAGAGGGUCUUGAGAAGCGAUGUCGCCGGGUCUUAAAAAGGCGAAGCUUAGAGUUCCCUGCCCUGACCCGGGCCCAGGGGGCCGCGGUCUGAACUCUGGUCGGCUGGAGGACUCGUCUCCAAGCUCCGUCAGAAAUGGGGAACUUGCAGUCGGAGCCAUCCGCGGGCGGGGGCUCCCGAAAAGAACAGCCCUCGGACCGCGCCCCCGACUCCCGCCGGACGUCCCUGGUGGAGCCUGAGAUGACCUCCCAGGCCAUGGGCCUGACUCGUGGGCUGGGUGUCUGGUUCCCUGGCAGCGCUACACCCCCGGGACUCAUGGUACCCCGGGAGCCCCAGGCCUCACCCUCGACCCUGCCCCUCACCUUAGAACGGCCCUCUCCAGUGAUGCCCCCUCCUGAAGAGGCGGCCGCGGUCUCUGCACCACCCCCGGCCCCCGCGGGGACUCUGCUGCCCGGCCCGUCUAAAUGGCAAAAGCCCGCGGGCACUCCAGUUCCCCGGAUCCGCCGCCUGCUGGAGGCGAGCCAUCGCGGCCAGGGCGACCCUCCGAGCCUCCGCCCGCUGAAGCCGCCGCCACCGCCCCGGCAACUAUCCGUGAAGGACACUGUCCCGAGGGCCCCAUCCCAAUUUCCGCCGCCCCUGGAGCCUUGGAAGCCGCCACCACCAUUACCUUCUGAACGGCAGCCGGCGGACCGCAGAAUCACUCCUGCUCUGGCCACACCCGCCUCACCCCCCACAGAAAGCCAGGCUGGGCCCCGCAACCAGGGCCAGACGGCCGGCAGGGCUCGCGGAGGGGCGCCUCCCCAGGCGGGCGAAGGCGAAAUGGCCCAGCCUGCGGAUUCCGAGUCCGGUCUGAGCCUGCUGCGUAAAAUCAGCUUCAAGUCGAGGCCCUCUUUGGCCCCUCCGGCAGCCUCGAGUUCCUUAGCAGCCAAAGCUUCGCUGGGGGGCGGCGGAGGCGGCGGCCUCUUUGCUGCCUCAGGUGCCAUCUCUUACGCCGAGGUCCUGAAGCAAGGGCCCCUUCCUCCUGGAGCCGCUCGCCCCUUGGGAGAGGUUUCUCGAGGGGCACAGGAAGACGAGGGAGGUGAUGGAGACGGCGAAGGGUGCUCUGGUCCUCCCUCGGCGCCUGCGUCCCAAGCCCGGGCCCUACCGCCGCCACCCUACACCACCUUCCUAGGCUCGAAGCCCAAAUUCGACUGGGUUAGCGCUCCCGACGGCCCUGAACGCCACUUCCGCUUCAAGGGGGCUGGCGGAGGCAUCGGGGCGCCGCGACGGCGUGCGGCCGCACUCUCUGGGCCUUGGGGCUCCCCUCCGCCACCACCAGAGCACAUACACUCAGCUCCCGGGUCCCGGAGGCCCGCACCUGCCCUGCUGGCGCCGCCUAAGUUCAUCUUCCCGGCACCCACCAAUGGCGAGCCCAUGCGCCCGGGGCCUCCAGGCCUGCAGGAGUUACCACCGCUGCCACCGCCCACGCCACCGCCCACACUGCAGCCACCAGCGCUCCAGCCAACGCCGCUGCCGGUGGCUCCCCCGCUCACCCCGGGUCUGGGCCACGAGGAGUCAGCCCUGGCUCCCACCCCAGCCCCUGCUCUGCCCCCAGCCUUAGCCGCCGACCAGGCCCCGGCCCCAUCCCCGGCCCCAUCCCCGGCCCCAUCCCCGGCCCCGGCCCCGGCCCCAUCCCCGGCUCCAGCUCCCACCGUGGCUGAGCCCUCGCCGCCUGUGUCCGCGCCCGCACCCGCGGCUGCGCCCAUCAAGACCCGCACGCGCAGGAACAAGGGUUCCCGUGCAGCCCGGGGCGCGACCCGUGAGGAUUGCUUGCAUGGAGAUGGUCCUCGCGAACGAGCUACAGCUACCGUGCCUGACAGCAGUGGUGGAGGGGGUGGUGGCAGCGGGGCCUCUCAGACUGGGGCAGCUAACACCCGCGCUGCGCGCCACUGGCUGCCCUUCCAGGUGCUUAACUCCUGUCCCUGCAAGUGUUACUGCCGCCACCGGCCACGCCAUCGCCGCCUGCCACCCAACGUCUCUGCCUGGCUGAGCACAUCCACCAACCACCUGGGUGAGCCACCCUGGGUUGCCACCAUCAAGCUGUCCGGCUCUCUGGUGGCCAGGCUGGAGCACUACGACUUGCAGGCCACCCAUUCCAACUGAGUGUAGUCAGCUCAACACCCUCCACCUUCCCCUCCAUGCCAAUAAAAUAACCAAUCCAGA